AUGGCGGCGUGGAGCAGGGGAAGGCUUUUCCUGGUCGCCUGCACACGGCACACCGUCGGGUCUCGGAGGCCAUGGUCCUUCAACGCGAAGGCGAGGAGCCAUCCGCCCUCCUCCAUAAGGGGCUUCAAGAAGCGCUGCACCUUGCUGGCGUUCCCCAUGCUCGCGGCGAAGAACAGCUCCUCCACGAUCCACGGCAGCACCAUCUUGCUGAGGAAGCGUCGCGCACUCCAGGCGAAGAGCAGCUGCAGCAGCGGCAUGAGCACAGCCGAGGCAAGGACCAACUGGCUUCCGCCCUCGAAGAUCAUGAAGACGACGGCGGCGGCGCCUUGGGGCAGGCUCUCGAAGAGGAGGGAGCGCUGCUUCUCCUUGGUUGUCUGUUUGUACAAGAGCUGGACGGCCUUUUCCGGGUACUCGGGGAAAGCGAGGAGGCCCGCAGUUGCCGCCUCGUGCUCAACCGAGGCAAAUGUGACGCUAAGGUAG